CCACACCAACCUCUGGGAGGAUCCAGUGAGGAGAGGAAACAGGCCCGCCAUUUUCCUACGAGCCUCCAGUCCUUUUAAAACCCAGCGAGGGGGAGGCGAGGCCGGAGAGGAGAGCCAGAGCGACGGAGGAGAGAAGGAAAAGGGGGAAGUUAGAGAGAGAGAGAGAGAGAGAGAGAGAGGGGGAGAGAGAGAGAGAGAGAGAGAGAGAGAGCGCGCGCGCACGAGCCAGGAGAGGACUGUGUUGAACAGCAGAGCGACCGUUGGUAGUCAGGUGGUGGAGCCGUGGACACCGGCGUUAACAUUGGAUAUAACCGAAAACAGUUGACGUUCCGCGCUUUUGUUCACGUUACCAAGCGGAGAAGAUGUCUGGGCAAAGCAUAACGGACAGGAUAACCGCAGCGCAGCACAGUGUGACCGGCUCUGCGGUGUCCAAGACGGUGUGCAAGGCGACCACUCAUGAGAUUAUGGGGCCAAAAAAGAAACACUUGGAUUAUCUGAUCCAGUGCACAAAUGAGAUGAAUGUGAACAUCCCUCAGCUGGCAGACACACUAUUUGAGCGCACCACCAACACUAGCUGGGUGGUAGUGUUCAAAUCCCUCAUCACCACGCACCACCUCAUGGUCUACGGCAAUGAGCGAUUUAUUCAGUACUUGGCUUCCAGGAACACAUUAUUCAACCUCAGUAAUUUUUUGGACAAAAGUGGCUUGCAAGGCUACGAUAUGUCCACUUUUAUCCGAAGAUAUAGCCGCUAUCUGAAUGAGAAAGCUGUGUCUUACAGACAGGUGGCUUUUGAUUUCACUAAAGUGAAAAGAGGGGCAGAUGGUGUGAUGAGAACCAUGAACACGGAGAAGCUGCUGAAAACCCUCCCCAUUGUCCAGAAUCAGAUGGACUCUCUUCUCGACUUUAAUGUAAAUGCCAAUGAACUCACGAACGGGGUCAUCAAUGCCGCCUUCAUGCUCUUGUUUAAAGAUGCCAUCCGGCUGUUUGCUGCCUACAAUGAAGGGAUCAUCAACCUUCUCGAGAAGUACUUUGACAUGAAGAAGGCUCAAUGUAAAGAGGGGCUGGACAUCUACAAGAAAUUCCUCACUCGAAUGACUAGAAUCUCAGAGUUCCUCAAAGUUGCUGAGCAAGUGGGAAUUGAUAGAGGAGACAUUCCAGACUUGUCUCAGUUUACAGUCUGUGCCCCCAGUAGUCUCCUGGAUGCCUUAGAGCAGCACUUGGCUUCACUAGAGGGGAAAAAGGUGAAGGACUCGACGGCGGCCAGCAGGGCCAGUACGCUAUCCAACGCAGUGUCCUCUCUGGCGAACACAGGCAUAUCUUUCACCAAAGUGGAUGAAAGGGAAAAGCAGGCAGCUCUUGAGGAGGAACAGGCUCGUUUAAAAGCACUUAAGGAACAGCGCCUGAAGGAACUCUCCAAAAAGCCUUCCACAUCCUCCACCACGGCUGCCUCUCCGGUCUCCACGGCAACCGGCAGUAUCAGCACUGCCCCAGCCAUUGACCUGUUCUCCACACCCAGCUCCACCAGCAGUACUUCAAAGGUGCCGAGUGAUCUUCUUGACUUGCAGCCAGCGUUCCAGCCUUCUCUGCCUCUCCCUACUGCUCUGCCUGUAGCUAACACGUGGGGAGAUCCUUUCACUUCUUCAGAGACUGUCGACGACUCCAUUCCAAACUUAAACCCUUUCCUUACCAAAACUGUCGAUGCUGUUCAUCCACCUCUUGUGUCUUCUGAUGCUGUUAGUUUUCCUUCUAGGACACCCAGUCAUGAAAUGUUUGGUGAUCAUUACAAUCCCUUUCUCGAUUCAAGCUCCUCUGUUGCCUGCACUCUCGAGCCCUCUGCUCGGAUAGAGGGUUUUCUCUCAGACUCGUUCUGUUCUCCGGCCCCCUACUCUAACACCCCACUCUUCCACUCCGAGCCCUCCGCUGUAGCUGGACUAUUCGGAGGGUUUUCAGCGUCUCCCGUCCCUCAGCCCACCAGCUCCUCCAGCCUUAACGUCGACUUCGACUCUGUGUUUGGCAAUAAAUCCACCGCUAACAGCACAGACGCCGCUGAUGAUGUUUUAGGUGGCAUCCUGAAACCCACAGUAGCCUCUCCAAACCAGGGCUUGCCACCCAGCACUCAGCAGCCUGGCAAGCUGGUGUCUGAUGACCUGGACUCCUCUCUGGCCAACCUCGUGGGCAAUCUGGGCAUUGGGAAUGGCACAGCAAAAAAUGACAUCCACUGGAGUCAGCCUGGUGAAAAGAAGUUGACUGGUGGAACCAACUGGCAACCAAAGACUGCUCCCACCACAACGUGGAACCCUGCCACAAUGAAUGGCAUGCAUUUCCCACAAUACGCGCCGUCCGUCAUGGCUUUCCCUGCCACAACUCCCACAGGCAUGAUGGGAUACUCCAUGCCACCUCAAAUGGCUCCGAUGGCCAUGAUGACGCAGCCCACCAUGAUGUACACACAGCCUGUGAUGAGGCCAGCAAACCCCUUUGGCCCAGUCUCAGGAGCACAGCCCUCAGCUGCCUCUAGUCCCUCGAGUCAGAGUCCUCUCAGGCCCCCGGGACAGGACCCUUUUGCACAGCUCUCUCUCAAGGAUUUCCUUUAGAGACUCUUUUAGAUGCAGUUCAUGUGAAGCCGCAGCGGGUGUGCGCUCCCUGAGGACGACUCAUGCAGCAGCCAAUCUCAAACCUUUAAUCUGUCCCCCAGUUCACUGUUUGACUCCACGCAAAGUGCGUGGCCCCAAUACUCG